ACCUUCUCCAUCAUCUACAACAGGCAACAGCACCUGUACCUUCCUCUCUUGAACCAUCACUCAUCAGAAACCACAUCCAUCAAUGGCUGCAGCUGCUAGCUCUACCACCGUGGUCCGAGCGACCCCAUUCUUGGGUCAAACAAGACCAUCGGGUCUCAACUCUCUAAGAGAUGUUGUCUCCAUGCCCAGUGCCAAAUUCACCAUGGGAAACGACUUGUGGUACGGACCUGACCGAGUCAAGUAUUUGGGACCCUUUUCCGCUCAGACACCAUCGUACUUGACCGGCGAAUUCCCCGGUGACUACGGUUGGGACACCGCUGGCCUGUCCGCUGAUCCCGAGGCCUUCGCUAAGAACAGGGCUCUAGAGGUUAUCCAUGGGCGAUGGGCCAUGCUUGGUGCAUUCGGAUGUAUCACGCCGGAGGUUCUCCAAAAGUGGGUGAAAGUUGAUUUCAAGGAGCCAGUCUGGUUCAAGGCCGGAGCCCAGAUUUUCUCCGAAGGUGGUCUGGACUACUUAGGAAACCCGAACCUUGUCCAUGCUCAAAGCAUACUGGCGGUGCUCGGAUUCCAGGUGGUGUUGAUGGGUCUUGUUGAGGGGUUCCGCAUCAACGGUCUUGAAGGCGUUGGAGACGGUAACAACCUUUACCCCGGUGGCCAAUAUUUUGACCCGUUGGGGCUCGCGGAUGACCCGGUGACAUUUGCUGAGUUGAAGGUGAAGGAGAUCAAGAAUGGAAGGCUCGCAAUGUUCUCCAUGUUUGGGUUUUUUGUUCAAGCUAUUGUUACAGGGAAGGGGCCAUUGGAGAACCUAUUGGACCAUUUGGACAAUCCUGUGGCUAACAAUGCCUGGGUCUAUGCCACCAAGUUUGCGCCAGGGUCAUAGACUAUGUAACUUUUCCCUUGUUCUUGUAAUUGUAAGUUUGGGGAGAAACAUUUGUAGAUUAUAAAAAUUUAAUUAUAUUCCA